AGUGUACCUCUAAUGUUUGUAAAGUCCCUGCACGUGGGCAGAGCGGUGCAGCGGUGUGGAGCGGGUCCGGAUCUGGACUUUCUUUGCUUUAACAGUGAGUAGAUGACCGGUCCUUUUCCAGGGUCGGCGGGAGAUGGGGUAUUAGGACGGGAAAGGACUCGGUGUCUCCCGGAGCUAAAGAACCACAGACUAUAGCAGGGACGUUUCCGCACAUGAGACCAGUUUUGGGAGCUUACUUUAAUAGAUCCAUGCUCGGGACUCUUACUUCAUGAGCCCAGCUUCUUCGGUCCCUGGUCCGCAGACAUGGAUAGUGAGUUCCCCUCGGUUCUGUUCCCGUCCUUCUACAACAACGAGCCCCCGGAGAGUGGACUGGGGCACUGCGCUGGCUCCUGGGGCAGCUACGGCCAGGUCCGACGCAGCGAAGCACGGAGUUUCUGGGCCCAGCACACAGCGGCCGGAGAGUUUUGGAGACACACUGAGCCUGUACCUGUGCCACUGCUUGCCCCUAAGCCUGCUUCAUUUUGGUCUUCAAAACCUGCUAGCCCUCUGGAUUUCAACAAGCAUUUGCAGAAUUUCUUCAUGGACCAUCCUUUUGAUGCCUUCAGCCCCAUGGCCAGUGUCCUGGGUGAAACCAUGGACUUCAAAAGAAAGCCUUUUAAGAGAGCUCAGCAGAUGCAGGGCCCCAUCAGUGUGUGUGGGGUGUCUGACUACAUGGACAAUCUCAAAGCCAUAAACUGCCCUGUUAGCCCCCGGUGUGUCUGGCUGGACGCAUACAGCCGCCUGCUCUCUGAUGUGGUGCACUCUGUCCCGGGGGAACUGCUGGGGUCACUGGUGCAUGAGGAGCUGAGCCAGCAGAGCCGAGACGCACUGUUCUGUGAGGCCAAUAGUGGAGGGGCCCUGGACUUCAUCCCCCUGAUCCCCGGGACACACCACAUGCCUCUGUCCGGCUGUUUGGUCUACUCUCCCAAUGGGCUGGACAAACUCCACUUCCAGCAGGUGGCAGUGGAGCCACAUGCAGUGGUCUGUUCUGAAGAAGUGAGCAGCUUUCUCCUCAAAGGCCCCAUUCAGCAGAUCACCUCCACAUCUCUGUGUGGACACAGCUGUGUAGCGGUGCGCUGUCUGUAUCACUGUGGUGUUUGGAGUUUGACUUCGGAACAACAGUCCCGCCGGCUACAGCCCCAUUUGCUGCAGGCCCUGUCCUCUGCAGAGGCCCUGUGCUGCACUAGCUUCAGUCCUCAUGUUGUAGGAGAGCUGCUAGUGGCUGGAGAGAGUGGAGCGGCCCAUCUGUGGAGGCUGGGACAUGGGAUCCAACAAGUGCGCAUGGAGGACUCCAACCUGUACUUCAACAGCCAGUCGUCAUGGAGAUGGUGCGAGUUCUCGGCCCAUCCCAGAGUGAUCCUGUAUGCUGACAGGACGGGGGUGGAGCUCACAGACAUCAGGGUGCAGCCAUCCUCCUGCCACACCCUGUUCCGCAUCAGCCAGGCUGCAGAGUGCUACAGCGGAGAGAGACUACUACUGUGCCGAUACCUGAGCACAGUGCACAGCUUCCACCACCUCAUCUGCACCCAGUACUCAGCAUAUAUUAUGGACGAGCGUUUCCCUUGCGUGCCCAUGCUCAAGUGUGACCACAUGAUGGAGGCUCCGCCCGUGUUCUGCCAGGUUCUGUCCAACUCUGGUGCCUCCUCUGAGGGAGCGACUAAGAUUCUGCUGGGCUCCCAAAGGUCCCAGGAGGUGACCCUGCUGCAGUACUCAGGAGGAAGAGCAGAGGCCUGUAUGAGCCAUGGACCUGUCCAGGCUCUGCUCAGGCCCAGGGACAGUGUGCAGCGCCUGCCCACCCAGCUUCCCCACAGGACAGAGGUGUCCCAGGACAGGCUGGCCCACACCGCCUCAGGGCUGGCCGCGGUCCACCUUGAGAGGGAUGAGUCUGCGGAAAGUUUCUGUGUGUUCCAAGUCCUGCAAACGGGAGAUGUUUUCUACCAAAUUCUGGAGAGGGACAAGUCAGCUGUGGACCUGGCCGAUGUGAGCUGUACCAGGGGAGAGGAGCCUGAUCAUCUUGAGCUUGAACAGAGAGGGUCUGCUGUAGUCCUCCCUCACCUCAGCUCACACUCACUGUCCAUCUGGAGACAGUGGUUGCAGAGACUAGCACGGAGUCAUGAGGCCAACAAGAGCAAACCUGCUCAUGUGAUGGUGAAAAGCUCACUAAGAAUGCCCCAAAGACAAACUGCAAACAGAGUCGUUAGAAAGGGAUGCCAGCGGGACGUGAGGAGGUCCAUGCAGCAGCAGUCAAUACCCACAGACGACAUUGUGCCUCUGCUAGAGGAGGUGCACCCUGAGGAGUGGAGCGAUGACUUGAGUCAGAGACUGACUGCUGCUUGGGACAGUGGGCAGGGCUGGCACACCUGGUGGAGCGAGCACCUGGGGGUCAACAGAGCAGAAAAGACUGAGGCUCUGAGAAGGAAGCGCAGGAAGGAGAAGGAUGCCAAGAGGAUCAGCGGCCUCUCUCUGCUUGCCAUGUCUGGCAGUUUCACCUCCUCCAUCAGCUACCAAUCAGAACUGAGCGAUCUGAGCGAUUGGGCGUGGUCAGACACUGGAGGGGUGGGCUCACAGUCUGAAGACCCGGCCACAGACACUCAAGAGAAAUCAAGGUUGUCUGCAGCGGUCCAAGCACACCCCCUCGUGGAGACUCUCAGCACUGAGACUGAGAGGAGAGCGCAGCGCCUUCACUCCAAAAGCCCGCAGCCCUCUUCCUCUGGGCUGUGCAAACUGGUGGAGUCCAGCAGAGACGCCUUCAGCUGGUCCCAGCAUUCAGCCGACACCUCCUCCAAGCGCCCAGCCGACACCUCCUCCCAGCGCCCAGCCGACACCUCCUCCCAGCGCCCAGCCGACACCUCCUCCCAGCGCCCAGCCGACACCUCCUCCCAGCGCCCAGCCGACACCUCCUCCCAGCGCCUGCCCCACACCUUGUCCUCACAGCCCAAGAAGAAGUCUCGUAUGGGAUUUUAGGAUGGAAAAAGCUGAUCAUUUUACAAUUGUACACAAGGUCUUAAGAGCCCAACCAUGUAAAUGGUAGAAAAGGUUGCAGAGGUACUCAGCUGGACAACAUUCCGUAAAAUAAAAAGUUUAGGCUGUCCUUCCAAAACCAUUAUCAGCCUGAAAGUACUGACCUGACAGGAGGCAGCCCAAACGUCCUGAGUUAAUUUGUCAUUUUAUACAAUGGACCACUGCUGGACAAAUGGAUUACAUUCUCUUGCCAACUUUGAAGCAAACAAAUGUGUCAAUUUGAAAUAAAUCUCUAUGCACUUCUAUAUGGCAUUCUUGAGGAUGUAUGUCAGUUCUGGGUCAGUCUGCUUGUAGUCACAUCUGCAUUAUCAGACUAACUAGUGCAUUUCUGAAGCCAAUGAGUUUUCCUUACAUGUGUGACCUGGACUAUAGUCUUAAGCUUCUGACCUUAUUGUUGGUGGGCAGCUGAUGCAGUGUCAAAUGACUGUGCAUGUCCUGUUUAUACUUGAACAGAAACGUUUUAAUAAAGACAUUUUAUUCAGACUC